AUGGCUGAUCAAGCAGCUGGAGGGAAGCCAGCCGCUGUGGAGAUUCCUCAGUGGUCGUCGUCGAACUACAAUGUCCUGCCUCCUACGGCCCAAGCACCAUUCCUCUUCACAUACUUAUCCUCCCUCGAGCGGAGACUGACGCGGAUCAGCUCCAAUGCACUCACGAAUGGACAAGCACAGCUGAUCAACGACUUAUGGGGAGUUCUACGAGAAGCGACACCUUCACGGCCGGUGCGCGCAGCGUUGGGGAGGUGUUUUGUCAUGAUCUUUCGGAAGUGUGGUGCGAAGGGCCUGUUCGAGACCUUCAAUGUGUUGGUGAAGGAGAUCAGUGGGAUUCCUGGGGGUAAGUUGGCGGGAAAGGAUGUUAAGGCGAAACAGGCCAUGAUCUAUGUGCUUGGAGAGAUCACGUUGGCGCAUGGAUCGCAGAUAUUCUCGUUACUCCCUUCGUCACAUCAAGCAUACAACCGGAUCCUGAAGUCCUCGUCGGCGUCGCAUGUGCUCAAACUCGCUGUACUACACGCUCUAUCGAAAUACUACGCCGUCGCCGGGAAAGACAUCGAUGAUUCUGCCGCCAAGGAAACGCUGAAGCACAUCAAAGCAAUACUCGCCGAGAAGAGCUACGCUGCGCAGGUAGCAGCACUAAAUGUCCUCGAAAUCAUCGCCCGCGAACAGUCACCAGCAAGUGCAGCAGACUUCGACACAAUCAAAUCACUAUCCCUUAAGGGAAUGGAGUCCCGGAUCAAGGCUGUACGCGAAGCCGGGUCUCUAUGUUUCGCAAGCCUCCUCAAAGGCGUCUGGGAUGGCGGUGAGUCAGAAACGGGGUCAGAAGGCCGUGAGUCAACGUCGACAAAAGCACCGGGUUCGAAGCGGACUGGGAGUAUGCCGGUUGAUGGGGAGGAUGGAGCACCACCCGCGACAUCGAAGAAGUUUAGAGCAGCGAGUGGGCCACAGAGGUAUGCUCUUCCGUUGCAGACAAUGUUGUUACAGAUUUCGAUACUGUAUGGGAAGUCGUCUUCGUUGCCGGCGUUGCGGACCGGGUUGAUUCGGGCGUAUGCUGCGUUGCUACAGGGUCUGGGGAACGAUGUUGUGCAGGAGUCGUAUGCCAUUAUCGCGCAUAAUCUCCUUUGUGAGAUUGCGCCCGUUACGAAUGGUAACCCGCUGUGGACACGGAAACAUGUAAGGUUACUGCUAAGCGGAGUCAUCGCCAAGAGGAUGCUGGGAGAGACGGCCCAGGUAAACGCGAUUAAGUUUCUCUUGGAGCAGUACAUCGCGAAAGAGGAGCAGAAAACCGACGCGGCCCUUUGCAGUGCUUUGGAAGCCCUACAGGUUUUGAUCGCCGCACUCGGAUCCGCUAUCACGAUGCAGUCAGACACUCUGCGUACCACCCUCCUAAACGUUAUCACCAGAAGCAAGAGUCGCGAAGUUCAAGUCAGCGCGGCGUGGUGUAUCCGCUGCCUCGUCAACGAAACGCCUGUGCAGAUCAGUCCAGUGAUGACGUUCUGUAUCAACAUUAUCUCCCGGGAUUUAUCAGCGCUCAACACUCCAGCGCAAGCGGAUCCGAAAAGGCGAGCGAUCGCUUGUGCGGAAGUGUUGGCGGGUGUAUGCUUGAUUGCGAAAGCGAAGCCGUUGUAUGUUAAUUUGGAUGUUAUGUCGCGUGUGCUCAGCUUAGCCACCACGGUGUUAAAGAAGACUGGGGAUUAUGUCUUGGGUGUCAGUUGUGCACAGCAGCGGAUUGCGUGGAUCUUGAUCGGCGGGUUGAUGAGUCUUGGGCAUGGGUUUGCGAAGACGCACUUGUCUCAGUUAUUGUUGUUGUGGAAGAAUUCGUUGCCGAAACCGUUGACGAAGGAUUUUUGGCGGACGCAGUCAAACAACGAAGUGAUGUUGCAGCUUGAGGCAAGGGAAGCGACAUUGUCUUCGCUGUUGUGUUUCUUGAAGUAUAACAAGAGACUGUUGACGUUGGAUGUGUCGAGGAGGAUUAUCGCAAUGCUUGGGAACGCACUGGUUUUCGUGAACGGUGUACCAAGUGCGAAGAAAGACAAGGAUGAUUUGGCGUGGGCGGAGAGGGUGAAGUGGGCGCAGAUGACGAGAAGGAGGAUCUUACAGUGUCAUUUGCAGAUGAGUGAGUCGAAUCAUAUGGAAGUCGUGCAGAGCGAGUUGUUGACGCUUUCGCUCUCGUUGUUUGCGGAUUCAGAGGCUGGAGCUGGGACGGUUUCGUCGGCGCCGGGUGUUAGUGGAGAGAGUUUGUGGGGGUUGACAGAUAAUUAUGCUUGUGGAGUUACGAGCCUGAUUAAGGGUAUGAGUAUUGUGGAUUUCCCAUUUGAGGGUGAGAGUGAUGGUGAGAUGAUGCACUUUACUAAGAGGAUUAGUGUCGAGGAUACGAUCGAACAGAUGCUGGAUGAACCGAUUGUUGGGGCUGUUGAGCAUGAUCCAACGAUCCUUUACACUCUCGAACGUCUACGGGAUGGCAUAGCCCCACAACCGAUUUCUGCAGCGACCGCAGUGGUUGACUCGGCCAUUGAGCUGUUUGCAGUCACGUUUCCGUCGCAGCCGGCUAAGGUGCAAGAAAGUAUUUUGGAGCAAUUGGCUACUGUGAUGACCUCACCGCGUUUGCAGAAGGAUCCGCAGAUGAAGCUUGCUGUUCAGUGCAAUGCUGUGAUGGCUCUUCUUGGCGUGUUCAAGGUGUUCAUGACGAACACACAGACGAAGACUGGGUUGAAUGCAGAGCGUGUGGUGAAAAUUGCACAGGAGAUCAUCCAAGCGGGCGUGACCAGUACGGACGAUUACCUGAGGAAUGCUGCGACGCAGGCGCUAGGACGAUUGAUCAAUGUGUGCGGAAAUCAGUACAUGGCUCCGAUUCUGAACUCCUUGAUUGACCAGAUCGUGAGCAACCAGGAUUCGCAUGCUAGAGCUGGAAGUUCAGUGGCUCUUAGUUCGUUGUACAAGUAUGUCGGAGGCAUGGCGGGAAGUCUAUACUUGAAGACUAUCGCAGGUAUUCUUACGUCCCUCAGUAAUGACCCGCAUCCCACGGUUCACUUCUGGGCGCUUGAUGCAUUGACUGUCUUGAUCGAGUCUGCUGGACUUUCGUACUCCGCCCAGAUUCCAAGUGCAUUGGAGCAGGUGACCAAACUCUACACGGCAGAUAGUCACGAUUCGGAGAGUGCUUCUAUCGCAACGGCGAACAUCGCAAUCAACCUUCCUACAACACAGACGCUGGUAAGGUGCACCGAUGCCAUCAUCAACGUGAUCGGUCCGGAUAUGGCGAUGCCGUCGAAGAACAGAGAGCUGAUCAUGGAUUUGAUCGCGUCCUUCUCAGCGGAAGGUGAUGAGGGCGUGGCCACCGAAGCGGUGUAUUGUACGCAAAAUCUGUCACUUUUCAUCCCGCAGAUCCUGUACGCUAGGCCUUUCAUCAACCGCUUGCGUCGCAACAUGCUUUCACCUGACAAGGCUACGAGAUCGGCUGCCGUAAGCGGCGUGCACCACCUCGUUCGACGUGAUGCUGCGACCGCUUUCCACUAUGCUGGAGAGGGUUUUGAACUAUGCUUGUGGUACGUCUUAGAUGCAUCGGUUGGAAGCGAAGGGGUCAAGAAUAUCAUCAGGAGCUGGCUGCAGCAAACGGCAGCUGCUAACCCAGUGUACUGGAGUAAUCUCUGUCAGAGAAUUCUUACUAUGCCAUUGGCGAAGGCAAACGUACACGCUGCUCCGACAGCUAGCCAAGGUCCUGAUUUGGGAGAUGAGGAAGUGGCCUCCAUGGCUCAGGCGUCUGACAGACCUGGUGAUAAUGGAGUUGACCAUGGUUCAGGUGAGCUUAUGCGCUGGCAGACACGAUGCUUCGCCUUGGAAUGCCUUCUAGACGUCAUCAACCUCAGUGUCAAGGAAGCAUCCAUUGUGCAUGAAGGAGCCGAGGCAUCGCCUAUGAAGCUGGUAGGGAAGGUUGCGGAAUUGAUCCGCAUGGCAUUCACAGCAUCUACUGCGGCUGUGUUUGAGCUUCGUUUGACAGGUCUGCAUAUCCUCAGAGCUGUUGUGAAGGUGUUCAGCAAAGUGCCAGACCCAGACUUCCCGGAGUAUCUUCUUCUGGAGCAAUAUCAGGCCCAAAUUGCCUCUGCACUAACCCCAGCGUUUGCAGCGGAUUCGUAUCCUGAACUGGCUGCAUCAGCCUUCAACAUUUGUGCGGAGUUUGUUGCCAGCGGAAUUGCGAAAGACGCUGAGCGUAUGGGUCGUAUCCUUAAGUUGCUUGGGUCUGGUCUUGAAGGGUGCUCUCAUAAAGCCAAUGCAAACGUCAUGGGCGAGUUGAAGAAUCUCAGUGGUAACGCAAUGCUCAUGUUGAAGCUUUCAGUCCUUACGGCCUGGGCUGAGUUGCAGAUUGCCAGCCAAGAACAGGAGUUCCUCCUAGACGUUGUCAAGCCGCACGUCCCAGAACUUGUGGGACUCUGGCUGGAAACCCUGAAGGAUUACGCGAGACUGCGGUUCGAACCAGAAGGUUCGGGUAGUAUGGCGAGUCCAUCCUCGACUAACCGCGAUGUUCUUCUGAGCUUCUAUCAAGAGGCAUGGCUUAGACUAGUUGAUGCAAUUGCCAGUUUGAUCGAUCAAGACAGCGAAUUUGUUUUUGCUGCGCUAGACAACCGUCGUUCCAGCGUUCAUGGUCAUGAAAGGAUGAAGAGUACAGGUGACAUCAACUACAGAGCAGAACCUGCAGCAUUCUUCUUCGUUCUUUUUGGAAUUUGCUUUGAAGCGCUUGCCACGAGUGCCAACGGCGAGUCCAGCACACGUACGUUGGAUAUCCUUUUGGCCUUGCAGAAAAUCUUGCGACCAUCCGUGUGCGGUCAAGCGAUUUACAAGGACGUCAUUUUUGCGGAAACUACGGAUCUCUUCGAUCGCUUGGUUCUCCUGGAAGGUGGUAAUGUGCAAAGCGCCAUUGUGCACAUCGCAUGCGACCUUGCGAAGAAUCAUCCUUUCACGCGAUCACUCGAAAACAAUGAAGGCCGUGCUCACAGCGAAGGCUUGUCCGAUGAAAUUGAUCAGCUCUUCGAGCUCGAAAGGAUCGUCACGCUGGCUCUUGUUCAACAAAUCCCCUCAUUGCAUGACAAGAAUGAUGUGCCUUUACGUCGUGGCGCGUACACAGCCGAUGCCGUCCAAAGAGCAACCGCAACACUCGCCGCUUUUGUCGACAUGGCAGAAACUUUUCCUAGCAUCAUCAAGGGCGAUCUGUACGACACCAUCUUCCACAUUUUCGGACAGAUCAUGAUGGACCAAGAUGCACAAGCUACGCUUGCCCCGCAGAGCCUAGCCAUUCUCAAGAUAUUCUGCCGAAAUGUCGUCGUUGCCGUUGAUUGCGGGUUGAAUGGCGAAGGUCUGCUGUCCACCAUUGUCAGAGGGGCGUUAACCCAUAUGGUCGAUCUGAUGAACAAGGCAAGUGCUCAAGAGGGGUAUCUUGCUACACCAUCGGCGAAGAACAUGUUCUUGGCGACUACCUUGAUUUCUUCGGCACUCGGACACCUGGUGCCUUCAAACGAUGGUUUCAUCGCCAAGUUCUCCUAUACACUGGAGACUAGUUUAGGUUCACAAUCAGAUGAGGUCGCCGCAGUAGCGUUACAAUGCAUACGCUCUUUGAUCUUGUCGUCAAAGCGUAGUAUUGUUGGACAGCAAGCAACUUUACGUUUGUUGCCGCAUCUUAUAACCUUCAUAUCUAGCCCUAGUUCGAAGGUGGUCGAUGAAGUCUCGUUGGCAGAGGAUGCCUGUGAUGUCCUUGUGGAAUUCGUGAAGGUUAUUCCUCCUGAAAAGGCUAUCCCUGCCAUGACGAUCGUCAUUGCGACGUUCACAACAUAUGCUACGAAUCCUGCGGUCAACAACGUUGAGGAUACCGCCGAGCGUCUCCUCAGGCUAGCAAGACUGAAUGCGGACGCUUUCAAGACUGUCGUAGCAAAUUUGCCGGCAGCCCAGAAGACCGCUUUGGAAAUGAUUCUCAAAGGAGGCAGAGAGGAAGGAACGGUCGUCAAGAGUGAAGCUAGCCAACCUACCAUCUCUCUUAAGAUGGACUUCGGUGGGUUUUCAGGAUAG